CUGCUUUCUUGUAGUUUUGGUGAGGGGGUUUAUUUCAUUUGUGUUGAUUUUUUUUCUUUUUUUGUCUUUUUUGUUUGUUUGUUUAGUUUGUUGUGGGGUUUAGGGGGAUUGUCUUUCCCUUCAAUAAAUGCAUUAUAUGUAAUUAAACUGCUUAAAAUGCGAAGCUGCAAGUACCAUUCGGAAACAACUUCGGAAAAAUGAAAUAUUAGAAAUAGAAGAGAUACUAGUAAAACACUGACACAUGUUAAUGUUCCUCUAAAAAAAAUGAAGCAUUACAAGAUUUAUUUGCGAAGACUGGCUCGGAGCGACUUCAUUUAGUACCCAAUUAAAUUCUCCGUUUCUGUGGCCAAUCAGCGGUGGGGAGGCGGGGUCGCCGUCAGGAAUAAAUAGAGCUCGCAGAGCCGCCUUGCAACUCUCUCGGUCCGGUUGUUGGGAGCAGUUGGGUAUGGCGCGCACGAAGCAGACAGCGCGUAAGUCGACGGGCGGGAAGGCGCCCCGCAAGCAGCUGGCUACCAAGGCUGCCCGCAAGAGCGCGCCGGCCACGGGCGGCGUCAAGAAGCCGCACCGCUACCGGCCCGGCACGGUGGCGCUGCGUGAGAUCCGGCGCUACCAGAAGUCGACGGAGCUGCUGAUCCGCAAGCUGCCCUUCCAGCGCCUGGUGCGCGAGAUCGCGCAGGACUUCAAGACGGACCUGCGGUUCCAGAGCUCGGCCGUCAUGGCGCUGCAGGAGGCCAGCGAGGCCUACCUGGUGGGGCUCUUCGAGGACACCAACCUGUGCGCCAUCCACGCCAAGCGCGUCACCAUCAUGCCCAAGGACAUCCAGCUGGCCCGCCGCAUCCGCGGCGAGCGCGCCUGA